UUGAUAUUAUUGAUGAACUUUUAAAUAAAUCUCGUUUAAUUACAAGAGAUGAUCUUAUUAUUGAUUGGAAGAUACUUUAUACAUGGAUAAAAUUAAUUCUUUUCAAUAAUGAUGAAUCUUAUUCAUUAAUAGCUCUACCCAAUGAUAUUGAAAAAUCACUUUUAUAUUGUGUUCGAAGUUGUCGACCCUAUUUUUCAGCAACAGCAACACAAGAAGUCCUGGAUGAAUUUCGACCAUGGUUAUGUCCAUUUGAUUCUGCGUUUAGUGAUGCUAUGUGUUAUUUAGAUCUAUUAUUACCGGUUCAUUUGCCACCAGAAUUACAUAACCAAGGAUUUAAAUUAUGGUUACCUGAAUUUCUAAGUAUAUGGGAAAGUGUUUGUAAUAACCCUGAUUGGGAACAGAAUAUGAUAAAUAUAUUUUCUUUUGUUUCAUGGUGUAAUAUUGGAUAUGUAGAUUGGGAACCUUGGCUUCAGAAAAUCUUUACACGAAUAUUGAAAAGUUUUUCACUUCCAGUUGCUAAUGUUCAAGUAUCUACACAAUCACAAAAUUAUUCUUUAUCAAUUAUUUCAACAUGGAUUGUUGCAAUGAUGGGCAAUGGAAGUUCAUGUUUACAGUAUUUAAGAGAUUUAUUCACUGCAAUUAAAAGCUUUUAUCAUCCAUCGAAUACAGGAGAUUUUCAACAAGAUCUUGUUAGUUUUCUUUCAAAAUUAUCACAAGCAUUUGUUGAUCGAGUUCAUUUAGAACGUAAACCUGAUCGUAUAUGGCAUUUUAAUCCACCUCAGAAUUAUCGAAUUACAGAAACUGAUAUUACUGAUUUUGUUAAUUGUGUUAAAGAAUGUGUAUUUAUAUCAAUUUUUAAUAAAGCUCAUUUGGAAGAAGCUGCUAAAGCAUGCCAAUGUUUAUCUCAACUUCGACCAGAAUUAAUCGUACCACCAUUAGUCGAAUUACUGUUUUCAUCUAUCAAUAGUAUAACUGAACCACAUCGAUUUACAUCUAUUAUUACUUGUUUAGCCGGUAUGACACGGCAAAUUGUUCGACAAACUCCAGAAUUCUCUCAAGGCCAAACUUAUGUUUUACCAUUAUUAAUGGCUGUUCUACCUGGCAUCGA